UUCACGCGAGAUAGCAAGGCGAUUAAGGAGGAGGAAGAGCGUGUUGUUUGUUUAGGUUUUCGCAGACAAAAUGGGGACUCUUUCCUCCAUUAUUUGCGUUUUUGGACUUUCUGUCCUGCUUGCCUGUACAUCAGCGUCGACAGAUGUGUUCGAUAGCGUUUUGGGGAACACGGCAUCUUGCCAUAAGUCAUGCGAAAUGACAUACAGUUUACACACUUAUCCACGGGAGGAGGAACUGUACGCCUGUCAAAGAGGCUGUCGUCUGUUUUCAAUCUGCCAGUUUGUUCGUGACAGUGAAGACUUGAACCAAACCAAGUCCGAGUGUGAAUCAACCUGUCACGAAGCUUACACCCAGUCAGAUGAGCAGUAUGCAUGCAACCUGGGCUGUCAGAAUCAGAUGCCUUUUGCUGAACAGCGGCAUGAGCAGUUGGAGGCCAUGAUGCCCAGGAUUCACCUGCUCUACCCCCUGACCCUGGUCCGAGGGUUCUGGGAAGACGUGAUGAGUCAGGCCCACAGCUUCAUCACUUCCACAUGGACGUUCUACCUCCAGGCCGAUGACGGCAAACUUGUCAUUUUCCAGUCUACACCACAGAUACUGUACUCCCAGUUCGUAGUGGAGAAAGAUGUCAAAGAGGAACCUCCGAAGAGUUUCCAUGGGUUAAGCAGCCCAGUUUACAAAGAAUACCAUCGCACUUUAAUCCAAGAGAGAGACAGAGAUGUAACCGGCGACCGCAGCUAUGACGAUGAGUACAACAUCUUCAGCUGUUUGUCGAAGAACCCCUGGCUACCAGGCUGGAUUCUGACCACAACUCUGGUCUUGUCAGUGUUGGUCCUGAUCUGGAUCUGCUGUGCCACUGUGGCGACUGCUGUGGAUCAAUAUGUACCAGCUGAGAAACUGAGUAUUUACGGCGACAGCGACUACAUCAACGAAAAGAAACUGAUUCCGUACCCUGCCUCCUCCCUCCUCAUCAUCACCUCUAAGGCCCCCGAGGAAGAGGCCGGACCGCUGCCCUCCAAAGUGGACCUGGGCCAGUCCAACAUCUAGAAGCCAAAGCUGUAGCAGAGAAGGGAUCUCCUCCUUGGAUCAGUAAUCUGUAGAUGAUUUGUAUCUUGCAGUACGAGGCCCGUGCUGCUCGUGGUCUAAACAGGGGUAACUACUUGUAGUUUUUUUUUAUUUCCUGACAUAAUGUCUCGUCUCCCUUUUUUGAAGCUUCUUAAAACUGAAGUGAUAGAGUUUUUUUCUGUAUAUUGGUAAAACAGAGGCAUUAUAGUAUUGUGACGGCAGCCUAAUAGGAUUCUGGGAUUAUACUUCGAUUUUGAUGUGCGCUUUAGAUCCCACUUGGUGUGCUUAUUUUAUUGAACAAUGUUUAAAUGAACUCUUUGUGACUUGAAGUGAUAUUGGUUUCGCCUAAACCCUCGACUUUUGGUAAACUAGAUUGUGCUAAUAUGUCGCACUCUUCCUGUUUGUACGCCAGUGACUUCCAGAUGAUGCUGAAUUUUACAAUAAAAUUCUAAUGCUUUUAAUCUGAAA